CGAGGCGGCGGCACAAAAUGGCGGCGGCGGUGGGAGGCGGCGGCACCGCGGGCCCUCAGGCGGCCGGCGCGGCUCCCGCUCCGGUGCCGGGUCCCGGCGCGGUGUUAAUCGGCGACCGGCUGUACUCGGGUGUGCUGAUUACGCUGGAGAACUGCCUGCUGCCCGAGCACACGCUGCGCUUCACGCCGUCCAUGAGCAGCGGCCUGGACCCCGACACCGAGACCGAGCUGCGCGUCACCGGCUGCGAGCUCAUCCAGGCGGCCGGGAUCCUGCUGCGGCUGCCGCAGGUGGCUAUGGCUACAGGUCAGGUGCUAUUCCAGCGGUUUUUUUAUACCAAGUCUUUUGUGAAGCAUUCCAUGGAGCAUGUGUCCAUGGCCUGUGUCCAUCUGGCAUCCAAAAUUGAGGAAGCCCCCAGACGCAUUCGGGAUGUGAUCAAUGUGUUCCAUCGCCUCAGACACCUGAGGGAGAAAAAAAAACCUGUGCCUCUAAUAUUGGAUCAAGAAUAUGUGAACUUGAAGAAUCAAAUAAUAAAGGCAGAAAGAAGAGUGUUGAAGGAGUUGGGAUUUUGUGUUCACGUGAAGCACCCUCAUAAGAUAAUCGUUAUGUACCUUCAGGUAUUAGAAUGUGAACGUAACCAACACCUGGUCCAGACCUCAUGGAACUACAUGAACGACAGCCUGAGAACAGAUGUCUUUGUGAGGUUCCAGCCAGAAAGCAUUGCCUGUGCCUGCAUUUACCUGGCAGCCAGGACACUGGAGAUCCCACUUCCAAAUCGCCCACAUUGGUUUUUACUGUUUGGAGCAACGGAGGAAGAAAUUCAAGAAAUCUGCUUGAAAAUCUUGCAGCUCUACACAAGAAAAAAGGUGGAUUUAUCUGAUCUGGAAAGUAAAAUAGAAAAGAAGAAAUUAGCUAUUGAAGAGGCAAAAGCACAAGCUAAAGGUCUGGUACCUGAGGGAGUUCCGAGCUUGGAUAACACAUCGGGAUUUUCCCCUAUCCCAAAAAAUGAGUCUCCAAAAGAGGUUAAAGGAAAUAAACCUUCACCACUACCUGUGCAGGCCAUGAAGAAUGCUAAGAGGAAAACAGAGGGAGCCAAGAGAACCAGCUCCAACAGCCCAGUAAAUGGUGUCCAGAAAGGAAGAGAGAGCAGAAGUCGAAGUGGAAGCAGAGAUCAGAGUUACUCGAGGUCACCAUCGAGGUCUGCAUCCCCUAAGCACAGGAAAAGCGAGAGUUACUCCACAUCCAGCGGCUCCAAAUCGCAGAGCCGCUCGCGGAGCCGCAGCGAUUCCCCCCCGAGGCAGUUCAACCACAGCUCUGCCUACAAGGGCUCCAAGGUGCGCAGCUACAAGAAAUCCAAGGACUACAAAGACAAAUACUCGGCUCACAAAGCGCGCAAGUCCCGCAGCCGCAGCUCAUCGCGCUCCCGCAGCCGCUCCCGCGAGCGCUCCGACCACUCGGGCAAGUACAAGAAGAAAAGUCACUACUACAGGAACCAGCGGCACGAGCGCUCCCGCUCCUACGAGCGCGCCGGGCACCGCUACGAGAGAGACAGGGAGAGAGACCGCGAGAGAGAGCACCCCGGGCACAGCCACAGCCGCCACCGCCGCUGACAGACACACA